AUGACAGACACCACCUCCGUCGGGGCGCCCAUCGAGCUGCCCGUCCUCGACAUCUCCAACCCGCUGGACCCUAACGCGGGGAAGGCGAUGCUGGAUGCAGCCACCACCUACGGGUUUUUGUACGUCGACAGCAAGGGCACCGACUUUACCCCGGCGGACGUGAAGCGGGCGUUUGAACUGUCGCAAACCUUCUUCAUAUCCCCCGCCGAAGAAAAAGCGACCUGUCGCAUCGAACCCAAUAACCGGGGCUGGUCCGGAAUGCACGUGGAAACCCUGGACCCCGAACACCAGCGAACAGGCGACUUCAAAGAAGCCUUCAACUUCGGCGAGUUCAUCAACAACAAAGCCCAGCAACCGCUCCCGCCAGCCUUAGCUCCGCACGAAGCCGAGAUCGCGCAUUUCGCCGACCUGUGCCAGAAGACCUGCGCCAGGGUGCUGACCCUUCUGGCCUUGGGGCUUGGUAUCCCAAAGGACUUCUUCACAACCCGCCACGACCCCACGCGCGGCCCAACCGGCAGCAUCCUGCGCUACCUAUACUACCCCUCCCUGACCUCCCCCGCCACAAGCACCUACAACCACCAACUCGACGUGCGCGCCGGCGCCCACUCCGACUACGGGAGCAUCACCCUCCUCUUCCAACGCCCGGGCCAACCGGGGCUGGAGAUCUUGACCCCGGAGAAAACCUGGGCGCCGGUGCCGGUCCUCCCCAACAGUGCCAGCAGCAGCAGCACCACCAGCAUUCCUGAAAACAACAACGCAGAAGACGAAGAAGAAUUCAUCUUCCCCCCCAUCCUCAUCAACAUCGGCGACCUCCUCAGCUACUGGACCGACGGACUGCUCAAAUCCACCGUCCACCGGGUGGUCUUCCCGGUUGCGGAGCAACAAGCCCCCAAACCGCGGGAUCGGUAUAGUGUCGUGUUCUUCUGUCAUCCGUUGGAUCGGACGGAGUUGGUGCCCGUGCCUAGCGAGACGGUGAGGCGGUAUCGUGAGAGCAAGAAGGAGGGGACGGCCGACGAGAAGAUCGGGUUUGGGGGUGGGGCGGGGGCGUUGGAGCCGGGGAGGAGGGCGAUGACGGCGCAUGAGCAUUUGAUGGCGAGGUUGGGGGCGACGUAUCAGUUUGAGGGGGGGAAGGAGUAG